GUUUAUGUGUUUUGAUACUUCCAUUCUUCAUGUAGAAACAAUAAUUUCCAUAAUACCAUGCCUAGUCUAGUAGUCAAUGGACCAGUAGGAAUAAAUGUAUAAGUCGUAGAUUCCGGAAAGAAACGUGCCAAUUUCUCUUUGUAUGUGCUUAAUGAGACAGUUUUGUGUAUAGGUAAGUAUGAUAUUUGAGGAUAUUUGUUUUGCAGUUGCUUUCUCGUAUGCUCUUGCUCAGAGGUUAAAUCGUCAAACUUCCAUUGAACCCAAAGCCCAGGAUGAGCAUCCUUUGUAUUUAUCAAAUGUAGGUUACAAGAAGUAAAGUCUUGAUAAUGAAUCCAUCCUUGUUUCUCCUGUUCCUCUUGCGAUGGUAUGAGACGAUUGAGAGAAGACUCCAGCUCAGCUUGGACGAGGUCUACGGUUGAAGGGUUUCCAGCUUGUUUUAGUUCCAUAUUCCAUCUCUUUAAAAUUUUCUUGGAAGAAGGCUGCAAGUACGAUUUUGAAAGCUUGCAGUAGACCGACACAUGACGGUUGAGAAGAGGAUGUUGCUCUUCGGCAAAAGGAAGUAAUCGAAGAGUAAAACGAUUACGAAGAGCAGGGAAUUUUCCCAUUAAUUCUAAACAACAUGAUUAGCCGGGGAAAAAUUCCAUGGAGAUUGGCCAAGAAAGGCUAUGAAAGCAUCUUUGUAAAUUAUGUUUCUUGCUUACCUCUAGGAAGCAAAUGAUGCGUCGACAAGUCCUGUCGUAAAGGCGAGCAUACCAUACGCACUAAAGGAUCUACAGAAAACGUAGAUUUUUUUCCAUUCAUCCCGAAUCUCAAAGUAUGGCGUAAAAAAGAAGGCCCAAGUUCCUUACUAUAUAGCAAAGGGAUCGCAAAAUUCCAAAAACCUUAAAAAACUUAUAAAAAGGAUUCUUUAGCUACGAAUUCAAUUCUAUUAUCCCAAUUAUGAAUCUAGUUUUGAGGACGUUAUGGUGGUUUCUGUCAUUACUGGACUUGUGUGAAUCUUGAAUUGGCUAUGAUCUCAAUCAGAGAGGGUCCUAAGGAAUGCCAAUGAAUUGAGGUGAAACCACUCCUCAGUGUGAACCUCUUAUUCGAUUAUCGAAUUGGUUUCCCGGCAGCUUGAAUUUUUCUGAUGGCCGUCAAUUCCACUCGCUUUUCUUUGGAUCGUCUUCAAAAGGACUCUUUAUCUUUCCUUUUACUUUUCAGUUUCUACUUAAAGCAGCUUAAAAGGACUGCAACAACUAUUGAGGAUGGAACUGACUUUAAAUAAUAUACAAAGAUGCCAAUCUCAUACUUUCAUGAUGGGAACUACUUAAAUCGUUUUAUUCUAUUAAAUGCAGAAAAAAUAUAACUUUUUUUCGUAUACCUUUGCGCAUCACUUAAAUUCUUUAUAUAUUUGGAAAUUUAUUACGAAAUACCCAACUCAUCCAAAAUCCACCAAGUUCCGAAAUAGUGACUUUACUAAGAAAGAAUGUCAGAAGCAAAAAUUGCACCUUCUUUAUUAUCUGGUGACUUUUCCAAUCUUGAACAUGAGGUUGGUCGCAUGUUAGAAUAUGGCAGCGACUGGCUUCACGUUGAUAUUAUGGACUCUCAGUUUGUUCCUUCCCUUACGAUUGGUCCUAUUGUCGUCAAAGCAAUGCGUAACCAUUUCACCAAAGAGAAGGCUUUCUUUGAUUGCCAUCUCAUGGUUAUGAAUCCCGAGAAGUGGGUAGAUGAAUUUGCGGAUGCCGGUGCUAAUAUGUUUUGCUUUCACUAUGAAGCUACUGAAAAGCAUAUGGAAGUUAUUAAUCGGGCCCAUGAACGAGGCAUGCUCGUAAGCUGCGCUGUAAAGCCUAAUACUCCCGUAGAAGUCCUCGAUCCUUUGGUCCAGCACCUUGAUAUGGCUUUGAUUAUGACCGUCGAACCCGGCAAGGGAGGUCAAAGCUUCCGUUCUGAAUGCUUGCCUAAGGUGAACUACUUGCGCAAACGCUACCCUGAUUUAGACAUUGAAGUGGAUGGCGGACUUUCUCCUAAGACUGUGGACGCUGCCUCAGAUGCAGGCGCAAAUGUCAUUGUUGCCGGCACUGCUGUUUUCAAAGCAGAGAACCCUACCCAAGUAAUUGCUGAGCUUCGCAAUUCUGUUUUGAAGGCUCAAGAAACCAAGCCUUGGGCGAAAUAGAAGUCGAGCUUGUACAGGCUUGAACUUUAAGUUAUAUAUUGUUUAAAAUUUUAUUACUUUGAUUCCAAAAUCUUUAAAAUGUUUAAGAGAUACGAGA